CCGGGGUGGAGGCGCCUGUUCCUCGGUGCUCGGUGCCUGUGCUACUGUCGCUGGCCUCUGGGCUGCCCAAGUGGCGAGGGGAGGGAGUGGCUGGAUCCUCCAAAGGAUGUGGCACAUGAUGGCGGAUCCUUCUAAGAACCUCCCUGAAUGCCAAAAUGGCAGAGACCAAAUCUAACGGACCAUUCAGGGGAGGUGACGCUGUCUGGACCAAUGUUCACGGUCAGGUGCAUUUUGGGAACAUCUACAAAGUAUUUGGCCUCCCUCCCAGCUUGGAAAUACAAGAUCAAGCUGCAGAGCAGGAUGUCCACUUUACCUCACCCGGUGGCUGCAGUCUGUCAGGUGACGGCCACUCCAGACAAAGAGGCCAACUUCUCUGCUUGUAAACAGUUGGUGGAGAAAGCCAAGCAGCAAGGGGCCAGUAUGGUGUUCCUGCCUGAGGCAUUCGACUACAUCGGAUCAAGUCGAGAGGAGACUCUGGCGCUGUCUGAGAGCCUGGAAGGAGACACAAUGUCUCGAUACACUCAGCUGGCCAGGAAGUUGGAGGUGUGGCUGUCUCUCGGAGGGUUUCAUGAAAGAGGACAUGACUGGGAGUCUGACCGACGAAUAUACAACAGUCACAUUAUAAUUAACAAUAAAGGUGACAUCGUUUCAGUCUACAGGAAGUCCCAUCUGUUUGACGUGGAGCUGCCAGAAAAAGGUGUAUCCCUCAAAGAAAGUGCCUUCACCAUCCCUGGACCCUCACUCGUGUCUCCGGUCCAAACUCCAAUUGGCAAGGUUGGUUUGGGCAUCUGCUACGAUCUAAGAUUCCCUGAGUUGUCAGUGGCUCUGCAGAGGCACGGAGCAGAGAUCCUGACGUACCCAUCAGCCUUCACUGUAGCAACAGGAGCCGCUCACUGGGAGGUGUUACUUCGUGCACGGGCUAUCGAGACCCAGUGCUUCGUCCUGGCGGCGGCGCAGGUCGGCCGGCACCAUGAGAAGCGUUCGUCUUACGGUCACGCCCUGGCGGUGGACCCCUGGGGCAAGGUGCUGGGCGACUGCGGAGGAGAGAACCCAGGCAUGGUGCUGGUGGAGAUCAACCCAGAGAAAGUCAGCAGCACCAGGAGGAACAUGCCGGUCCAACAGCAUCGCAGACCAACGGCUUUCUACCAGAGUCUGGAGAAGACUUAAAGAGAAAAGCUCAAAUUCUUUAUCACUGACAGACGGACUGGCAGGAAAACAGUCUGAAUAUAGAAGACAAACUGAACUGGAUGUUGUCUGUCAUUAAUAAAAAUGAACAGCUUACAGAGAUGACUAGCUAGUAAGGUACUGAAUCUAUGAUGUUGGAUUUAAUUCCAAUAUAUUUCAUAGUGAACAGGUUGAACUUGUUUAGGUUUCUGUCAUGUCAUGAAGGAUAAUUGACUGUUGGAAAUGUUCUUGUCUGAAGGAGACAAAUGCAUCAAAGUCAUUGUCAUCUUGUUUGGAAACACUAGUUGACUGUAUGAGGAAGGCAGGGUACACUCACGUCAAAUAAAGCUUUUAAUGAAAAAAAUAUGGAGGUUUAAUUUGGGAGUAAUUGUUCUGCUCUUAAUGAAGUGAGAGUAGUGUGAACUGUUAUUGGCAUCAGAUGGAGCUGCUCAUAAUCUCAUUUCCAAAAUCAACUCAGACCUCCAGCUCAAGUCGUCCCAAAUGAGUCUGUUAAUGAUAUUACCCGUACUGAUCAAUAGAUGGUACUGUUGGGUAAUAAGAACAUAAGGAAGUGGAGGAAACGCGUUGAUCUAUAAUGUAGGUUUUGUAAAUGGUUACAGUAAAACUUUGCUUUUCUGAUAUGAAUCAAUCUAUGAAAAUGAAUCAGUAGUUUUUGUGAUGAAAUAAUCUGCUGUUGUGCUGAAAGAUUAUAAAUUCAUCAGAAAAGCUUCACUUGGUUUGUCUUCUGUUGUACACAAGUAGGUUACUUUCUUUCUUUUGCUCAGUUUUAACAUAAUUAUCGCUUUUCGUCUUUUGAUUGGCACCCCAAAGCUAAUAAAAAGUUAAUAAAAAGUUCCUGCGCACCCACACAGGUGUUUUAAAUGAUGCUGGCUGAUUAGAGCUUGAAAGUGGGUGGAGCUAUGAUGGAAAUUAAACGGUGUCACCAAAAUCUGUGGAUUUAUAAAAAUGAUAACGGUCCAAGUUGCUCCACACUAACAGGUGAAACAAAUGGAAAUGUCAAUCAACCACAGUUUGUACAAACCCACACAGUCCUUAAAGGAAGUCAGUCAACAUCAGUGAAAACACCUGUGAGGACUUAACGUGCAUAGACCUCACAGAGACGUUCAUCAUUAUCAUUGAUGAGUAAAGUACAUUCAUUCAUAUAAAUGAAAAGAAAAACUAAAACUUUCCUUCAUUUAUUUGAAAUUUGACAUGUUUGUUCAAAUGUUUCACUUGCACUACAAGGCCACAAGUAUGUGUACAGUCAAACAUUACACCUAUAUGUGAUUGUUGCUCUGCACAGGCCUGUCAACUUCCUCCACACCAAACUGGGAAAAACAUUUUGAGAAAUAGUCUUCCUCAAACUGCUGGCACAAAGUUGGACACACACUAUUGUCUAAAAUAUAAUUGUAUGCUGUAGCAUUAAAGACUUCCUUUAAUUGGAAUUAGGCCUAAACCAUGAAAACCACAUAAUGUACAAUCUAUCUAUCAUCAUUAAUAUCUAUUAUAU